AUGUCCGAUACACCGGAGACGUCGCUACCCAUUCUUGGUCCGCAAAGAGCUGCCCGACCCCAUCCACUCGGCAAGGAUAUACGUCUACGCAUUCAUCUCGAUGGGUGCAAAGGUCUACCUCAACCAAAGACUCCGUUCAAGAGUUCUGCUCCUCGGAAGUUGGAGAUCGCAAUGUAUUAUUGCUCGAGCAAAGAAAUUGAUGCCCACCUUUACUCAUCGAAAGCAUAUGAGGGCACAGGCUGCCAUCAAGGCACGGUCAAGUGGGAUGAGACUCUGUACAUUACCUGUGUAGAGCACAGUUUAGUUCACAUCACCUUGUAUGUCGAAGAAUACGGCGUAAUGUGCGAGUGUGUCUACACUGCUGGAGAUCUAUUGCAAGUGUCUUCCGUAUCACUCAUGCCGACGUCAUGGGCCCAACUUCGCUACAAUCCCAUCCAAGAAUGCACUCUCUUCAUCUCUGCCUCCGCAGUCCCUGCUAAUGGCGAAGAAGAAAAUGGCGAAGUUGACGACGAAAGCAGCUUGGUGUCUGAGCGCGAUGAUGCAUCCUCUGGAUUGCAAUUAAUGGCGGCUUCAUGGGAUGUUGCUCUUCGUGGACUUGCCUCUUUUGGGGGAGCCGUCUCGCGAGCAAAUAUUGCGACUACUGGCCGCAAUGUAUUUACAGCACAGUAUUGGACCUACAAAGCGUACCAGGCAUGCAGCACUCGACAGUCGAAUGAUCCGCAAAUCGAUAGCCUACUCAAGUCCUUGAUGACGGCUGUGAAUACGUGUGUACAGGUCCAAUCCACGCGUGUACUGCAGAGGAAGGAUUGCAUUGAGCAAAUAUUUGGACAAUUAUAUGAGCUAGCGGCCCUUAUGGAUGAGCUUGCCCAAGAAAUCCCCCCCGGCGUCCCCAACGCAUACCGCGAGGAAGAGCUAGCAAGACUGGUCCUAAUCCUCGUCACACCGGACCCGCCUACGGGAGUCAACAGCACAUCCACCGGCGGCGAUUGGACCGCACUCUACGGGACAAUCGCAAAAGACGCACUUCUCUUCACCUUGGAGGGAAUCGUACAGUCCUCCGACGCCUUUCCGCCUCUGAAGAGCGCGGCUAGUGGGCUACUCUUCUUCGCGGCUUCUGCAGAUAUGGCGUCGAACAACAAGAAGCAUAUACGCGACAUCCACAAGCGCGUCAACAGCCUGGCUACGUCUCUCAGAUCUGGCGCCGAAGAGGGCAGCAUGCUGACACCCGCGCACCAAAAGGCCAUCGCCGCUCUCGCAACCGACAUAUCUUCGCUAAAGGAAGAACUCGAAGUCAUCGUCACCGAGCGCAAGAACCACCUGAGGCGCUUCUUCAGCGCCAAGCGCCAUCGCGAAGACCUCCAGGACAUCGUCUGGCAGCUCGACAACGCUCGCUCGAACUACGCCACGGCGGUCGCGACGCUAAACGCGACGACGAACGCCCAAGUGUUAGCUUAUGUGCGACCCAUGGCAGUCGUCAUGGGCAUAAACCCGGUAUAUGCGCCCGGUACGCGCCCAGUUGAUGCGGCGUCGUUCCCGUUCGGGUCGUCGCGGAUCGAAGAGGUCUAA